CAAACUUCUGUUCCUACACAAUUUGUAAGCCAAGAGAAACACAUUUACAUUUUCUUGUUCCCCUUGCAUAGAAAGAAAUUCGACAAUGGGAGCUCAACAUUCUCACCCUUAUGGUGGUCAAAUGGACCAUAAUGGUUCUGCAAUUCAAGAAAUCCACUCCAAGCAUGAAUGGCGAACUCUAUUGGGAAAAAACUACGACACGAAUCACCUGAUGGUGGUGGAUUUUACGGCAUUAUGGUGUGGACCAUGCAAAUUUUUCGAGCCAACUAUUGUAGGGUUUGCUUUGAAAUUUCCAGAUGUGACCUUUGUCAAAAUCGACGUUGAUGUACUGCCGGAGGUGGCGAACGAUUUUAAUGUAACAGCAAUACCAGCGUUUGUAAUGAUCAAAGAAGGUAAAGAAAUCGAUAAGGUCGUGGGAGUCAAUAAGGAAGCACUGGAGAUGAAGAUAGAGAAGCACAGAUCACAAGGGCAGCAACACCCAUUACUGCUGCAACAUUCAUAAGAUUUUAGCUAUCAUUUUGCAUGCGUUUUGUAAACCUUGAGAUUAUUACAAGUCUCUCUAAAUUUAAUAAUAAAAAAGUGUGAUGUUUUCUUACCA